AUGCCACCGAACCGAUGGCAAUUCAUCGACUUAUCCAAAGAUAGCGCCGAUAAUCUCACACAAGUCAAACGCCAUGUGAUGCAAGAGUACAUGCGGCAAAAACGCAUGGAAACCCAGCAACAAGAAGGACAGGACGAUGAGAAAGACAGUGACCUGAAAGGCUCCACAAAGAAGACCAGACGACCGCGGACGAAGACGAUAAAGCCCACAAAGGAUAAGGAUUCGAUAACUGGAGGCAAACCGCAGAGACAAACAGCUACCAGUGGCACAGCCCGCGAUGCUGAAGGGACAGAGGCAAGAGGGGCCUUCAGGAUAGUGACCCUCCCGCACGGCGGCAACCACCGAUAUACGCGCUCCGAUUACAGCGACUUUUCUUCCUCGUCUUCGUUUGCACGAUAUCCCGACACAUCCAAUGACCUCGAUAAUUAUACCAUUGACUUUGGAACGGACUUUCAAAGGACCCCUCCUCAGCCAACUCGAUCGGUCAUGUUAUCACCUCCUAGGACUGUGUUGAGUGCUGCAAGAACCGACCCGUUUGAUACCCUUCCAUGGCAUGCGACAAAGGAGGACCAGCGUCUGUUUGACUUUUAUGUGAACGAAAUGCCAUCACUCUCUUACGGACACCAGUACCGUACGAAACGAGCUCAUAAUUGGUACACCGAAAUAUUCGUCCCGGAGGCCAUGAAAGGUGCUCUGACCUUUGUCAAUACUGUCCUUGUUCACGCCGCCAACACCUGGGCCUGGGUCCGCAACGAGAAUGAGACAGACAGUACCUUGCGGUAUCGACAACUGGCCAUUUCCAUGCUGCGCGACCAUAUGCAAAAGUAUCCUCAUGACACUACUGAUAACGUUAUCACCGCCUGCAUGAGUGCCGCCGCUCUCGAAGACUUCGAUCCUCGGCCAGAACACAAAGAAAUUAGCUGGAUUCAUAUGCGCCAAGCUCAAAAAUUAAUACGACGUCGCGGCGGUCCCAUUGCCUUUCAAAAUACCAAGCUAGCCAGGCUCAUCAACUGGCAAGACUAUAUUCUGGCCGGGUAUGUCUCUGAUCCGGAAUCGUUUCACUAUGAAGAUGAGAACUCUUAUUUCCACACUACGAAAACUUCUCCCAUCGGCUCAUCUACAACCUUCUUCCCAUCACCGCCAAAUUCAGCAUCCCCGAUUACCUUAGAUAGUUCUCCUUCACCCACAUACCCCCGUUUCGCCAACAGCGCAGAAGAGGAAAUCGCCCUGCAAUGUGAAGAAUUCAUCAACUUUCUUACCAGAUGCGAACAUCUGUCAUUGAAUCAACGCAUGACACUAUCGUCAAAAGAUGCCCCUGUCCGAUACUCUGCCUUUGGAUCCGGAUCGACUCUAUUUCGUAUUUUAGCAUCUCCUGCGGAGAAGCGGAGAACGCUUACUGGGGACAGGAAGCAAUUUCUUGCCAGAAUGGCUGCUCUCAUGAUGCUGAAUGCAGCGCUUUGGGAUUAUCGAUACUCUGUACUCCGGACAGAAGCUUUUAUAGAGCACGCUGUGCUUCAACUACGGGAUAGUGAGGUCAAUGUAGACGCCUCGGUAGAGGCUCUGCUGCAAAUACUUUUGGCCUGCAAGGACUUUGCCUUCACUGAAACUAUGCCGUACCCUCUGCACACACUUUCACUACCAUCAGCGUCUCGAGAGACUGGUGACGUUUCGCAAUAUCCCGAAAUGGCAACAUCCCCCUUUGACAGACCGUGGUUUGUUGGCCGUAUGCUCAAAGUUGCGAAGCGCCUGGGACUCCAGUCAUGGCUUCGUCUUAACCAUUUUCUGCUUGAAUGCCUGACACUCCAGGUUCAGGAGCAUACCAUGCUCUCUUGGGAGAGUGACUUACGACGUGAAAUACUACAAGCUCCAUUAACGAGCUACGUUAUGCCAGCGUUACAAGAAGCUGUGUUCUUGGGCAUAUAAGCGUUCUCUAUCCAGUCCUUUUUGACUACUGUACUUAUGUAACUUCUUAUGACUUUUUUCUCUUCUUCUGGGCUGUUUGCAUUAUUGUUUUGGGAAGCGUUGUUGUUGCAUUGAUACCAGGGAAUGGCGCACAGAAGUUAUGUAUAUACGCGCCAUCUAUGUACAUAUUUUGAGCCACCAGAUCAUAAGAAA